UGAAUUGAUUUGUGGUGACGGGUGAGGUGAUUUAUUGCAACUGGCAAUGUCUGGUGGGAAACAGUCUUCUCGUCACAAUUGGUGGUGGUGUUUAUGAUAUAGUACAGAGCCACAGGCCUCUCAAGUUGUAGAUUCGAUUUGGCUCCUGAGGUUAUUCUCCUUUUUCUCCAAUUCCACCGCUCCAUCUUCCACCUUCAUAUCACAAACUCUUGAUCAAACAUGGCGUGCAACGUCUUCUCCAUGCUCACGGACGAUGUUAUUCUCAGCAUUUUUCUUAAGCUCGACGACGAUCCCCACCACUGGGCUCGCCUCGCCUGCGUCUGCACCAAAUUCUCAUCUCUCAUACGCAAUUUCUGCUGGAAAAACCAGUGUUCCCAGAACAUCCCUUCCGUUGUCUCCGAUCUCUUCUCCGACUUCUCUUCUCCGCCCGGCGGUUGGGCUUCCUUGCAUAAGCUCGCCGUGUGUUGUCCUGGCCUCCUUCACGCCGGGGUCCUCUUAGAGAGCUCCGAUUUCGGGCUUGAGCUUGAGCUCGGCCCGGACGAGAAUUAUCAGAGAUUGGUUUGCCCAAAAACGACGGGAGCACCCCCUGAGGUUUGCUCGAGUCGGUUGGAUGAUAACUCCAAUGUCGGUGCUUCCGGGUCUGAUUGUUAUUGGUCCCUUUUCGAUGAUCUGUAUUUUGAUACUGUCUAUGAUACUUCUGAGUCCCAACACAAUUCUGAGCCUCAAAUCCGCGAAGAGGUUGAGAAAGGCGUUGUCAAGGUCGGCGGCGAAUUCUCUUCGUGCAAAAAGAGGAAGGUUUCUGGAUCACCGAGGUCGCAUUUGGCUUCUCGCAUUUGGAAUCUGAGUAGAGAGGAGGGGAACAAGCUGCUCGCCAGACAAUUUCGUGAUGACUGUCUGUACAUUUGUGAUUGGCCUGGCUGUGUGCACGUGGAGGAGAAGAGGAACUACAUGCUCUUCAGAGGCAUUUUCAAGGACUUUAAGCGGUCCCGUGUGUGGAGAACAAUCAACGAUGGCAAUCGGAGGAAGAUUGAUCUGAAUUGCGCGUUUUGCCUGUGUAAGGAAACUUGGGAUUUGCACUCUGCUUUCUGUUUAAGGCGAGUUUUUGGGUACCACGACGACGGCGAACCAGUUGUUCGAGCUUAUGUUUGUGAAAAUGGUCAUGUCUCUGGGGCAUGGACGGAUUUACCUCUGUACACUUAAUCCAAAUCUUAGGUUCAUGUCAACCUACUCGUUACUUCUCUUAGAUUAUAUCAUUAUAUGGGACCAUUAUUAAAAUCUGUUCUACUUGGCUGCGUAUUACUACUCUUACACUUAUCAUGCAUUAUUUCUUCUCUUGAAGCUCAGGCUCUCCGAUGCGUUGCUUGUCAUAUUUUGUCAAAGCAUUCUAGAAAUGUUGAGUUUCAUGAGAAGACGCCCGAGUUUAACCCCGUUAGCUUCAUGAAAACAUCGUACUUGAAACUGUAUUGACCUUCCUAAUAUAAGGUUGAAUCCAAUUGCUUUUCCUUGGUGGCAUGAGCCCAAUUGUAUGUUCGCUGAACCCAAUAGUAUACAUUUUCUCCGACUUAA